CAGAGAGCGAGAGAGAGAGAGGGGGAGAGGGCGACAGAAGAGAGGGGGGGAGAUCGGUUCCUUUUGUUUUCACGGUUUGGUCUUCUGCAAGAUCCAUCUAUUUUGCCGUUUUGCAUUACUAAGUGCAAGCCCUAAUUCCCUCUUUUUGUCUAUCUAAUUCGAUUAAUUGGCUGGUUAAUCAGUUGGUUGUUUUUCUUAUUUUUUUGUUUUGUUUUGUGUUGUACUAAAUCAAUCUCUCUGAAAUUUUUUUCGUUUUCUGAGCUCUAAAGUUCUUAAUUUUGGAAUGGCCACCACUGCCGACUCUCCGUCUAGCCCCACGGUUCCUGCCGGACGCGGUGGGGAAAACAUUAACAGUCCCCAAUUCCGGCGAAAACAUCUUCAGUCCCCGUGGGCGCAAGUCGUUCGAGGUCAAGUUAUUGAUUCACUCUCACUUGUCCAUUCUUCACCUUCAUCUUCAUCAUUAUCAACGACUUCUCAACCGGAACAAACGCCGUUCUCGGAUUCCUCUCCUCCGAAGACGGCUUCGCCGUCACCAACGCCGGAUUACUCCUCAGCCGGUGAGGGUUCCGAUGUUAAUAACGGCAAUGCGGCUCCGCAGAAGAAGCAGGCUUGGAAUAAACACUCGAACCGCGUCGAGGUUGGUCCCGUAAUGGAUGCAGGCUCUUGGCCUGCAUUAUCUGAGUCUACUAAGGCUUUUCCUAAAUCUUCGGCUGAUUCAUCUUCGAAGAUUGUUACUGAUGUAACAGUUUCCAGUACUCAGGGGCCUGUUAUUCCAUAUUCACCUCAGAAACAAGCUACUAGUAGUGCAAACCCUAGUUCUACCACAAACCAUACAUUGCCAGUUCGACAAAGAUCUAUGAAGCGAGGUGGUGGCGGCAAUACCAGGGGUGGGCCUGCACAGAGCGGCUUUGCUCAUCCUCCGCCACCGCCACCACCUUUUCCCGUAUUCCAGAUACGUCCGAAUGGGUAUCCUAAUAUGGUACCAGGAGCUCCUGAUCCUUCUUUUAGAGAAUUUCCUUAUAGGAGCAGUAAUUGGGAAACCAGACCAGUUGGAGGAUAUGUGUCUCAAUCACAUUCUUCAAAUGAUCAUAGGAGUUCCUCCCGUAGGGGCAGCUUUGGAUCCCACCAACGUGGAGAUGGCCCCUACCAUAACAAUCAUGGGGGCAGGCGCGAUCCAGAUCGGGGAAAUUAUGGGAAUGCCAGAGAUGUUCACUUGCAUCCACAAAGAGCCCCUCCAAGGGGCUUUGUAAGGUCUUCACAACCUAACACAGCUGCAUUUGUUACCCCCCCUCCGGUGAGACCCUUUGUCAACCCAAUGGCCUAUCCUGAGUUUUACUAUAUACCUACGAUGCCAAUGGAGCCCUUUAGGCCAUUCAUUGCUCAUGCACCACCUCCCCCAUUGCUUAUACCUGUUGCCGAACCAUCUCUACCUACCUUGAUAGUCAACCAGAUAGAGUAUUAUUUCAGCGAUGAAAAUUUGAUUAAAGAUGAUUUUUUGAGGUCAAACAUGGAUGAUCAGGGCUGGGUACUAAUUACUUUGAUAGCAAGCUUUCGUCGAGUUAAGAAUUUGACAACUGAUAUCAAUUUCAUAUUGGAUUCCUUGAAAGCAUCAACCCUUGUGGAAGUGCAGGAUGACAAGGUGAGGCGGCGUAGUGAGUGGAAGAAAUGGAUACCAGCAUCUGCUCUGCCUCCCUCUGAAUCAGGUUUUGUUUCCCCUAAUAAUUCGAGUUAUGAUAUGCUGUCAACUUCGUUUCAGAAGAUUGCAGUGGAGGAAGUGGAUGCGAAGCGAGGUGGUGUGACAGUUAAGGCAGACUCUAUCUCUGAAGCUGUUCCAGGAAGAUGUUUAACCGAUUCAUAUGGAGAGUCACACCUUCCUAAUGGGGAGAUUUCUCAUAACACCUCCUCAAAGCGGAACUGAAUAAUAUGUGCCCCCUCUAAAAAUUCAAGCACAGUAUAGUGCGCUUCUAUUUUUGAAGGGUCACAAUUGGAAAUCUGGAGUGAGGCUUCUCUUGAAGGUGUGGGAUCUUUUCUUUUGUUUACUAAGUCACAUAGAGUGGUUUUGGCAGUAUUUUGAUGAGGCUAGUAGAGGAAUACAGAAUAAGAAUUAUCCAUAAAUUAUUGGCUAAAGGUAAAGAAUGAGAAGAAAGUGAGACAGUAAUUAGAUUAUCUGUUCGGGCAAAGGUUAUUGGGGUGUAUAGCUUGGUUUUGGUGUGAAUGCUUUUUCCUUUGGAUUUCUGGUGCUUUCCGGUGGCAUGGAUGGGUGAAAACAUUCAGGUGGGUAAAAUGGCAAGUGCAUUAGUGCUUUGGUUGCCAGAAAAAAAAAAAGGUCUUGAAUGUCUCCGAUUUGCACUUCCCCCUACUUUUCAACUUUUUUAUAUUUGCUUAAUCAUUUAUUGGCAAAUAUAUCAUUACUUUUUGUUACAUUUUAAAUGUACCUUUUUAAUAGAAAUUUUGCAGACGUUUUUGUUGGAUGAUA